CAAAAAAAUUUAACGUAAAUGCAAUUUUUCAAUCUCCGAUUCACUCAGCAUUCGGGCCGUGCCGAGGAGUGUGGGACACCUUUCUUGACCGCUCUCUCAACGCUCCCGCAAGACGUCGUACCAUGGCUUACGACGAGCAUGCUGACAUUCUCGGCGGCCCCAUCUUGCAGAUACCAAAUACUGGUAUUCUGGGUCAAUGGUCCCAGUACUCGAUCCUAUUCAGGGCUAGUCUCAUCUUAGCACUUGGUCUAUUGGUAUUGCUCAUCUCACUACGCGCCUGGGACAUAUGGAAAAAAAAUCAGGAAUUGGGUUACAGAAAAGCGAUGCGUCGCAAACAUGGAAUCCCAGACUCGGACUGUCGUCCCUUUGCUGUAGCAUAUGCUGCGGCCACCCGGGCGCGCGCUGAACGUGAAGCUCAGGACAGACUACAGGCUAAUAACGUCACGGAAGAGCUUUCGGUGAUAAAUAAUCAGGUUCCGUUGCCAGACAUGCAUGGAUUGAGGCGAAGGGCGGCCGAACCUGCUACGAAGCCACAUGCUAAUCAACUCCCUGCCACAAGACGUGCCAUUUCUGGCUUUGAUCACAAGCCCAAUGGAUUUGACUUUGCGCACCGAUAUAAUCCCCGCCUUCAGGAUGGCCUCCUCCCUCUCUCACGCGAGUCCCUAACGUCUGGGAAACGUUUCUCCUAUCGUCGUGCUAGCAGAAAGGAUCUCGCUUUCGACACGAAUGCGGCAGUGGAAGGCAAGAAACGAGCUUAUGAUCAUGAGGGCAAUCAUGAGCCUGAAAUAUCAAAGAAGUCUCGUGUUGAUAGUGGUGACCUCAUUGAUGACGACGAGGAACUUGAUUUACUCGAGGAAGAGGACGAGCUAGAGCCCGCUCAACGGGGAUCAAAACGGACUUUUGACUUGGAUGAGGAAGCUGAUUAUAUGCGCACCGAUGGUCGUGACAAGCGCCCCCGAAAUAUGUCGCGGGCUCAGACACCUGAAGACCAGGAAAUGGAAGAUAUCGAGGAUGAUGUCGCUGAGUUGCACCCAAUUCCUCGUGGGAAGAAGCGUGAUCGUGCUGAGGCUGGCUCUACGUUUGGCGGUGAUGAUGAAGAGGAGGCACUAGAUGAUCAAGAUGACAGGUCUCACCGUCAUCGCAAGCGUCGCACAGUUCGUCCAAGAAAAUCAGAUGGCGGUAGGAAGCGAGAUCGUGAUCCUGAAUCCCCAGCAAGCGAGGGCAGUAUUGGAGGUUCUCAUAGGCACAGCGAGCGCACCUCCAAGAAGAAGAAAGGGGGCAAGAAAGCCUCUUCCGUGGCGGUCAGUGAUGCUCAGGACGGCUCGCAGGAUCCCCUUUGCAAUGGUAGAAAGAUUGGUGAGGAGUGGGAAUCGAAUGGUGUUCAAUAUAAGGUCGGGAAUGAGGGCGAGCGGCUUCGUCUUACUUUGGUGAAAAAGGCUCGGAGCAAAUAUUCGAUGCCCAAGGAUUCUCAGCACCCAGAUCGACAGGCUAAUAUGGAGAUCUACGUGGAAACUUGGCUGACAGAUGAACAAUACAAAGAUGCUGAGGAACGGCAGGAACUUGUGUGGCAAGAGACGCCUAGAGCCUCGAUUGAGCCUAGCACCCCCGGUGAAGCUCCUGUAUCACCAACAAAGACGGGGAAGGAUCUGCUCUGGGAUUCGAUGAAGAACAGCCCUGUUUCUAGCCGUGCCUUUCGCCAGUCAUUAACCAAUGGCUCAGCCCGGGUGAAUCCAUUUAAGCAACCUUUGCCGCAGGCUCCAUCUGGCCGACGUGUUGCCUCUUCGAAUACCCAUAUUCCACCCUUAAUUCCUGGUGUGGCCGAAGGUCCAUCUCGUCCGGGGUUCCGUGCAUUCUCAAAGUGGGAGAAGCAGGAUCUUGAGGCUGAGGCGAUGGCGAAGAUGCGUGCACGGAUGCUGGAGCAGAAGAAAGGAGAGACCCCGCAAUCAAAGGCCUUUGAGCUUCCGACCAGCGUCACGGCGCCCGAGCUAGGCCCUAAAGCUCCGGCUGUGCCCAUUAUUACAUUCACCCCGCCACCUCCUGCUGCAUCCACGUCUGGCGGCACUGAGACAAAGCCGACACCAUCACUAUUUUCAUUUGGCAAUACCUCAACGAGCACGGACGCCUCGAAGUCCACUGCUCCUACUGAGUCUCCCACACCAGCAAGUGUCACGCCUGUGGCCUCAGCUCCAGCUGCCAAUAAACCCAGCUUAUUCCCUACAUCGUCUGCUCCACAAAUAUCCCCUGCAGCACCUGUGUCUUCAGGUGGUCCGCCCACGACACAACCUCCACCACCAUCGCCGCCACCACCGCACCUACCACAUCAUCCGCACCCUCUGUACCUAACUUUUUCGCCAAGCCAGCUGCACCAUCGACACCUGCACCUGCAGCAACCGGAGUUCCUUCAUUUUCUUUUGGUCCCACGCCUACACAGCCGCUGUUCGCUGCACCUGCUUCCGCAUCUACUGAUCCCUUCUCUGCGCCUGUGGCAUCAAACAUGGAAACCAACAAACCGGCACCGUUCCCCUUCGCAAAACCCAGUGUGCUACCUUCCUCGGCGCCAACAUCUACACCGACACAAGCUAAUCCACUAUCGAUAUUUGGGGCAGCCUCAAGCACUGCUAACCCGUCGUCAAUAUUUGGGGCAUCUUCAAGUAACCCUGCAACUUCUGCUCCAUCCGCACCUGCUCCGCUGAAGUUCGACUUUGGCAAGAAGCCCGCUAGCACGAUCCCCAAACCUGCUGCCAUAUCUCCCCCUACUGCAACUGCUGCCGAUGUCGCAAA